GGAUGGCAUCUUUCCUUCGCUACAUUUCUAAUAUGCUCUUUUUAUACCCAGUCAUGUUUCUGACCUGUUGCCAAUUAUCCUGCUUCGUUGCAAAAUGUUCUUCCUGCUUUUUUUUGGUAUCACCUAAUUUUUCAGGUUUUAGUUGCUCACACGCAAACUUUGUUGAGACAUGUUGCUGCUAUCAGAUUCAAGUUAAGUUUAGAUUUUACUUCCUGAUAGUUUUGUCAAAUGAUUUGUCACAGAAGAAUCUGUUUUACUUCCUUUAGUCUUAGCUACACCCACAAGGAUGAUCUUUAAACAGUCACAGCAGAAGUUAAGCACUAAUAAACUCUGACAUUGUCAUGCUCAAUGAAUCCUAAGGGGCACUUGGAGUAUUUUUUUCUAAGAAUCGUUUGGACUUAUGGAUUAUAGACUGAUCAUCCUGGUGUUCACAGGAGCACUGGUUAGUGUUGCCUUUUGUCAGACUCGUCAGUACUACUUUGUGAGCACCUCAAAGACAUGGACAGAUGCACAGAGUCACUGCAGAAAUGUCUUCACUGACCUGGCAACCAUAGAAAACACAGCUGAUCUUUAUGCUGUCACAAGCAUUGCACCAAACACAGGUAAGGCAUGGAUAGGUCUCCAUGAUGACCUGCAGAACAGUUGGAGAUGGUCCCUAAAUGACAGCAGCUUCUAUGGUGUGGGAGAGGCAGCAUUUAGAAACUGGUAUCCUGGUUCGCCCAACAAUCUUAAUGGACAGCAACAGUACUGUGUGGCACUUUUAAGUGGGAGUCCAUACAAUGGUGAAUGGGAUGAUCGUUAUUGUGGCAAUAACUACUCCUUUGUGUGCUAUAAUGGUACAAUAAAUGGUGAAGCAUCCUUUGUUAAGGUUAACAGUACUGUAAAUUGGACUGAUGCUCAGAGUUUCUGCAGGAAUAAUUACGUUGAUCUAGCCAGUAUAAGAAAUCAGACAGAAAAUCAGAAGAUCGCGGUCCUAGCAAAUGGAGUUUUUGUGUGGAUCGGUCUGUAUCGGCAAAAGGUGUGGUCUGAUGGGACUGACUCUCUGUUUCAAUACUGGUCCACUGGGCAACCAGACUCUGGAAAUGAGCAGUGUGUUGCUGCAGAUUUCAGUGACUCAGGACGAUGGUCGGAUGAAUUGUGCUCUAACAACUUUCCAUCCAUCUGUUUUACUACAAGUAAUAGAUCCAAUUUCUACUCUCAUAUACUGAAUAGAUAUUCAUUUUUGAGUUAAGGCAGUUUACUAUGAGGUGCUGUAAGGGACAUUAUUACUG